UCUUCUUGUUGCUUCUUGUCAUAACAUCACUUACAAAUUGCUCAUACUAUAUGCUCUUAGUGUCUUAUUUUGCAAAUGGACUUACAUUUGAUUAUUCAAAGCAUCGUAUCUAUAUAAAGUUUAAAAAUAUUUAAGAAACAAACUUUAACACUCAAACAAAACAGUUUUGGUUCCACAUGUGAACUCACACCAGAAUUCUUAAAAACAUAGGCACAUUAAAUACACCUAAUUUUGAUUGUUAGAUUUGAUGGAUUCAAUAAGUAAGCUUUUUGUUUUGUGAUUUGUUUUGGAGUGGCCACAAUUAGGUGAUUUUCUAUUGGUUGCCCAAAUUCUCUCUCUCUCUCUCUAUCUCUCUCCUCUUAACAUGCUAUUAUAACACCAUGAACACCACUCAUCUUCUUGUUGCUUCUUGUCAUAACAUCACUUCAAAUUGCUCAUACUAUAUGCUCUUAGUGUCUAUUUGCAAAUGGACUUACAUUUGAUUAUUCAAAGCAUCGUAUCUAUAUAAAGUUUAAAAAUAUGUUAAGAAAACAAACUUUAACACUCAAACAAAACUGUUUUGGUUCCACAUGUGAACUCACACCAGAAUUCUUAAAAACAUAGGCACAUUAAAUACACCUAAUUUUGAUUGUUAGAUUGAUGGAUUCAAUAAAGUAAGCUUUUUGUUUUGUGAUUUGUUUUGGAGUGGCCACAAUUACAAUUUUAGAUUUUUACUUCCGGUCUAUUCAUAAAUCUAAAUCUAAUGCAUCUUAAAAAAACAAUAACCAUUUUGAUCCAUGCGAAACAUCGGACCACAUCACUAGUUUCUAGCUUAAAGGCCAAUAUUGAAUCUACCUUUUUUUUCAAAAGCUAUGAUAAUAAAUUUAAAAUUCCAUCCCCUUAAAUAUUUCUUUAACGUUAGCUUACAUCUAGUCACAAAAUAAAUGAUUCCAACUUAGUUAGCUUACCUCUACCGACAUUUCUUGAUUCUUUGGUGCAAUGUUUUGUGAGGUGUGGUAGCUGAACCUCUAUUUUAUCUAGUGGAUGUCAUAGUUAGCUAAAUAGUUCUUUGUUCCCUUUUGUUUCUUAGCUGCAUUACAAUUGUAUCAUUGUAUUUGGUCCACCCCAUGCUGGCUUUUUAUUUGAAUGCAUUCUUUCCGUUCCAAAAAAAUGGAGUAUUUCUUUAACGUUAUCAAAUCCCUAGAAAUACUCAUCAACACUAUUCACAAUGUGGAUCACAUGCCAUAUAUAUAUGAUACUAUUCAACACUACAAUGAUUACCUCUUGCUUUUACCUGUACCCAAUCUUCUCAACGUGGAUCCACAUCACAUGCCAUAUAUAUGAUACCCUUAAUUAUUAAUAGUUUAUUAGUUAUUACACACAUGGGAAUUUGCGGUGGGGAGCUGGCCAUGCACAUGUCUUCAUUUACGCCUUUUUUGGGUUAUAAGUAUAUGUUUCCAAUAUCCAUAAUCGUAUUCAAAAUCUUGAGCGAUGAACACUCAAGACGAAGUAGGCUGCAACGCCGAUUGCAAUGGUGGCAGGUCAGGCACAGAUAUUGCGCUACAUAUAUGGUGCUCUCGAUGGUAUGGCUAUAAGAUGUUGUGUCGAGCUUCGUAUUGCUGACAUAAUUCACAACCAUGGCCACCCUAUCACGUUGUCUGAAAUUGCCAAUGGUAUUGCCUCUCCAUCCAUAAACCUAGAUGGGCUUCGACGACUAAUGAGGUUCUUGGUCCAUCGAAAGAUUUUCCAAGUUGGAGAUGGAGAGGGGGGAAAUGAAGAUGUUUACUCGCUAAACCAUUGUUCCAAGUGGUUGUUAUGUGAUGCUGAUGUGACAUUAGCACCGAUGGUCAUGAUGCGAACAGAUCCAUCUAUGGUUUUGCCUUUGCAUGUGUUGAGUCGGUCGAUCACAGAAGGUGGUACGGCGUUUAAGAUGAUCCAUGGUGAAGAAAUGUUUGAUUUUUCGUCGAGUAACUCAGGUUUCAAUAGGGUUUUUAACGAGGGUAUGGCAUGCACUGCUAAGAUCACAAUAAAUGCGAUCUUGGCCAGUUACAAAACUGGAUUUCUUGGAACGAAAGGAAGCGUUGUUGAUGUUGGCGGUGGGACUGGGGUGGCGAUAUCUGAGAUUGUGAAGGCAUAUCCACAUCUGAAUGGGAUCAACUUCGAUUUGCCGCAUGUUAUUUCGAUGGCACCAAGAUAUGAUAAUGGAGUUACACAUAUUGGUGGGGACAUGUUUGAGGCCAUUCCUCCCGCAGAAACGAUCUUCAUGAAGUGGAUUUUGCAUGAUUGGAGCGAUGAUGAUUGUAUUAAAAUCCUUAAGAAUUGUCGGAAAGCGAUACCCAAAGAAUCUGGAAAAAUCGUUAUUGCGGAGAUUGUUAAUCAUCCUACAGGAGAUGAUCCUUUUGUUGAUACACAACUAACAUAUGAUUUAGUGAUGUUUUCACAUUUUUCUGGUGGAAGAGAACGGAAUGAAAGCGAAUGGAAGAGAAUACUCAAUGAAGGAGGGUUUCGUCGUUACAAUAUUAUCAAGAUUCCGAGCCUUCAAUCGAUCAUCGAGGCUUUCCCAGAAUGAAUUUGUAAGAAAGCAUUAGGUUUGGUGAUUCUUUUGAUGUGAAUCAUACCGAUUGAAAGAAGUGGGAUUUGAAGAAUUAUACUAUAUCAUGAGUUUCGCGCACAAUAAUGGAAUAAAAUUAUGAGAAAGAAUUAGAACCUAAAAAAUUCAUGAGUUUGAUGUUCAACAAUGGAAUAAAAUUAUGAGAAUUGAAUGUUUUAUACUAUCAAUAAUGAUGAAAAACUGUUAUUUUGUUUA